AUGCCCGAAUCUUUAAUUACUGGCGAGACUUUUGGUGACGAAGCCGAUGAUGACCCAAUUCUUGAUGCUCCUGAAUUUAAUGCAAGAGACUGUCCAAUCGUCACAGCAUCUAUAGACUUUUUUUUAGAGCUAGUCUGCGAUUCGACAUAG